CUUUUCGCGAUUGCGCACACUAUCAGUAGGAAAAAACGUUACGUCCCGAGAAGAAGACGGAGGUCGUUGUGGUGGUUCAGUGUCAGUUGUGUGUGUAAACAAAAUAGCAAGUGUUUGUUAGCGGAGUUGGACGGAGCGGUAUCAUGAUGGGAUUUUGUAUGGUGCUAGUGACAGUGCUGUCGACUUUGUUUCUAUCGAGAGCAGCCACUGCUUCGACAGCGGGAUUUAUUAAGUCUCCAUUGUCAGAAGUGAAAUUGCUGGGGGAUGACGUGGAACUACACUGUGAAGUAAUUGGGAAACCUAUUCCUGAAGCCCAGUGGUGGUUUGAAAGGGAUGAAUCCGUUGACACAUUUAUGCAACUCUGGGAUGGUGCAUGGCAGGACCGUAUAAGGAUCAAUGCCACUUACAGACAUCAUGCCACCAGCACACUUUCAGUCUUCGACCUUACUACAAGUGACUCCGGCACUUAUGAGUGUAGAGCCAGCAAUGACCCAGAUCGCAAUGACUUGAAGAAGAGUCCUCGAAUAAAGUGGAUCCGUUCUCAGGCAAACAUUAUAGUGAUUGGACGGCCUGAAAUUAUAGCCGAUGUAGAAAUGAAGAAUGUGAAUGAAGCUGUUUUGUUUUGUAAUCUGACAAAUCCUCCUUCUGAGAUUAAAGAAGUCUUAUGGAAGAAAGGGGAAGAGGUGGUUUUUACACACAAGGAGCCACCAUUUAUUAGUGUGACAUACACGAUAAGUAAAGUAGACUACCAUUCUGCAGGAGAGUAUGUCUGCUUGUUCGAGACCACCCCACCUGUUAACGCAACAAUUUCUGUGAAAGCUGCUCCUCAUGUGACUGCUUACAAAGCAUCUGAGAAUGGUAAUGAGGGUGAGAAGGUGGUAUUGAUCUGCAAAAGUUCCAGUUAUCCUAGUGUGAUGUGGUCUUGGUACAAGUCAGGUGAAAAUGUGGAGGGGGCGAUUUGUGUUGCUUAA